CAGAAUUCCCACUCUUCUCUCUCUUAACAUUGUUCUGUUUUUUUUUCUCUCUCUUAGAACUCCAUUGUUGUUGGUCCCAAGUUUGAUGAUCGAAUAGAACAGAAACAGCUCAGAAUCAAUCAUGGGGACUCCUGUGAAUAUCGUUGUCGGAUCACAUGUUUGGGUUGAGGAUCCUGAGGAUGCUUGGAUUGAAGGUCAAGUUACAGGAAUCAACGGCAAAAACGCCACCAUACUCACUACCAAUGAAAAAUCCAUUGUGGCAGAAAUUUCGCGUAUAUAUCCGAAAGACACGGAGGCGCCGCCGGCAGGGGUGGACGACAUGACGAAAUUAGCGUACCUUCAUGAACCGGGAGUUCUGCAUAACCUAGCUUGUCGGUUUGCUCUCAAUGAGAUUUACACAUACACCGGGAAUAUUCUAAUUGCGGUGAAUCCUUUCCGGAGACUGCCACAUUUGUAUGAUAUUCACAUGAUGGAGCAGUAUAAAGGAGCUCCUUUCGGCGAGCUUAGUCCACAUCUUUUCGCCGUUGCUGAUACUUGCUACAGAUCGAUGAUCAACGAGCAAGGAAGUCAGUCGAUAUUAGUGAGCGGAGAGAGUGGUGCUGGUAAGACGGAGACAACGAAGAUGCUCAUGAGAUAUCUUGCAUUCAUGGGAGGCAGAUCAGACACUGAAGGAAGAACAGUGGAACAACAAGUUCUGGAGUCCAACCCUGUAUUGGAAGCAUUUGGGAAUGCCAAAACUGUUAAAAACAACAACUCAAGUCGUUUUGGUAAAUUUGUAGAAAUACAAUUUGAUAAGAAUUGGAAGAUCUCUGGAGCUGCCAUUCGUACGUACCUUCUCGAACGGUCUCGUGUUUGCCAAGUCUCGGACCCUGAGAGAAACUACCAUUGUUUUUACAUGCUUUGCGCUGCACCACCGGAAGAUGUCAAGAAAUACAAGUUAGGAGAUCCAAGGACGUUUCAUUAUCUCAAUCAAACGAAUUGUUAUGAAGUUGCGAAUGUUGAUGAUUCGAGAGAGUACUUAGAGACGAGAAACGCGAUGGAUGUGGUCGGAAUCAGCGAGGAUGAACAGGAUGCUAUAUUUCGUGUUGUAGCUGCCAUACUGCAUCUAGGAAACAUUGACUUCAUGAAAGGGAAGGAAUUUGACUCCUCCAAAGUCAAAGACGAGAAGUCAAAUUACCAUCUUGAAACAGCAGCAGAGCUACUCAUGUGUGAUGCAAAGGCACUGGAGCAUUCGCUCUGCCAACGGGUCAUCGUGACUCCUGAUGGCAACAUUACGAAGCCCUUAGACCCCGAUGCAGCGGCCUUGAGUCGUGAUGCGUUGGCGAAAACCGUGUAUUCUAGGCUGUUUGAUUGGAUUGUGGACAAAAUUAAUAGCUCAAUUGGCCAAGAUCCUAAUGCAGCCAGCUUAAUUGGUGUCCUUGAUAUCUAUGGGUUUGAAAGCUUCAAGAUCAACAGUUUUGAGCAGCUCUGUAUCAACCUGACCAAUGAGAAGUUGCAACAACAUUUUAAUCAGCAUGUUUUCAAGAUGGAACAAGAGGAGUACACGAAAGAAGAAAUAAACUGGAGCUAUGUUGAGUUUGUAGAUAAUCAGGAUGUUCUUGAUCUUAUUGAGAAGAAACCUGGAGGCAUAAUCGCCCUGCUUGAUGAAGCCUGUAUGUUUCCAAAGUCAACACAUGAAACAUUUGCUCAAAAGAUGUAUCAGACAUACAAAGGACAUAAGCGAUUCAGCAAGCCAAAACUCGCUCGAACCGACUUCACGAUCAAUCAUUAUGCCGGAGAUGUUACAUACCAAGCAGAUCACUUUCUAGAUAAAAAUAAGGACUACGUAGUAGCAGAACAUCAGGCUCUUCUGGAUGCCUCCAAAUGCUCUUUUGUUGCUAAUCUUUUCCCACCACUUCCUGAGGAGAGCUCAAAGCAAUCCAAGUUUUCCUCUAUUGGUACUCGGUUCAAGCAACAACUGCAAGCUCUCAUGGAAACAUUGAAUACUACAGAGCCACAUUAUAUUAGAUGUGUAAAGCCCAACGCAGUUUUGAAGCCUGGAAUCUUUGAGAACUUCAACGUCUUGAACCAGUUGAGAUGUGGGGGAGUGCUCGAGGCAAUUCGAAUAAGCUGUGCAGGAUAUCCAACCAAAAGAACAUUUGACGAGUUCCUCGAUCGUUUCGGAAUGCUUGCUCCAGAUAUCUCAGAUGGGUCUGAUGAAAAAUCAGCAUGCAUUGCAAUAUGUGACAGAAUGAGCUUAAAGGGUUAUCAGAUUGGGAAAACAAAAGUGUUCCUCAGAGCUGGACAAAUGGCUGAGAUGGAUGCACGACGAACCGAAAUACUGGCCAAUGCUGUCCGACGCAUCCAACGGCAAAUCCGAACCCAUCUAACUCGAAAAGAGUUCAUCGCCCUGAGGAAAGCUACAAUUCAUAUGCAGAAGCUUUGGAGAGGGCAGCUUGCUCGUAAGCUGUAUGAAGAACUGAGAAGAGAAGCAGCUUCAAUCCGUAUACAAAAGCAUGCUCGAGCUCACGCAGAUAGAAAAUCUUACAAAAGGUUACUUGAAUCAGCUAUAGUUAUUCAAACUGGUAUGCGUGGAAUGAGAGCUAGAAAUGAGUACAGACACAGAAGAAGAACUAAGGCAGCUAUCAUUAUUCAGACUGAAUGGCGAAGGGUAUCAGCUAUUUCAGCUUACAAACAGCAUCGGAUUGCAACUCUUGCUCUUCAAUGCCUCUGGCGAUCUAAAGUUGCAAGGAUGGAGCUAAGAAAAUUAAGGAUGGCUGCAAGAGAAACAGGGGCACUCAAGGAGGCUAAGGAUAAAUUGGAGAAGCGUGUCGAGGAGCUAACGUGGCGCCUAGAGUUUGAGAAGCACUUGAGGAUGGAUGUUGAAGAGGCCAAGGGACAAGAGGUUGCAAAAUUACAAAGUACUUUGGAAGAAAUGCAAGGGCAGCUGAAUGAAGCCAAUGCUGCAAUCAUACGUGAGAGAGAAGCAGCAAAACUGGCUAUAGAACAAGCUCCACCAGUCAUUAAGGAAGUGCCUGUGGUUGAUGAGACCAAGCUAGAACUGCUGAGAAACCAUAAUGAAGAACUUGAGUGGGAGGUUGGAGAGCUGAAGAAGAAAAUUGAUGAAUUUGAAGUAAAGUAUGGUGAAGUGGAAAUGGAGAGUAAAGCUAGACUCAAGGAGGCUGAAGAGGCACAAUUGAAAUCAUUGCAACUUCAAGAGUCUAUUGAGAGAUUGGAAUCAAAUUUAUCUAGCCUCGAGUCUGAGAACCAGGUGCUGCGCCAGCAGGCUUUGGUUGCAGCAGACAACGAGUCUCUCUCUGAAGAACUGCAAGCCCUCAAGAGUAAGAUUGGAAGUCUAGAGGCAGAGAAUGAAGCUCUCCGCAACCGGACGGUGGCCGUCGAGCACAUAUCUGUUCCUACUAGGGGCCUUGCAGAAAGCAAGGAACCAUCUACUGUUCCUGUCCUAGCUAAACAAGGAUCACUUACAGAGAAGCAACAGGAAAAUCACGACGUCCUGCUCAAGUGCUUAGGAGAAGACAAGCGUUUCGACAAGGGCAGACCAGUUGCAGCUUGUAUCGUCUACAAGACACUUCUUCAAUGGAGAUCUUUUGAAGCUGAGAAGACAAAUAUAUUUGACAGAAUCAUCCACAUAAUCAGAUCUUCUAUAGAGAGUCAGGAAAGUACCAGUGAUCUUGCAUAUUGGCUUUCAACCACUUCCACACUUCUCUGUCUUCUUCAAAGUUCACUCAAAGCAACCAAUACAAGCACGGUAGCUUCACAUCGAAAUCGAGCUUCUCCCACCUCCUUAUUUGGUCGUAUGGCAUAUGGUCUUCGAUCAUCGUCAGUGGGGUUGGGAGCUUCCAGUGGAUAUAGUGGAAUGGUGGGCAAGUCAAACAAUCAAUCCAAAGUUGAAGCCAAGUACCCAGCGCUGCUUUUCAAGCAACAUCUGGCUGCAUGCGUUGAAAAACUGUUUGGGAUGAUACGUGAUCAUUUGAAGAAAGAAAUUAGCCCUUUCUUGCAUCUAUGUAUACAGGCACCAAGAUCAGCGAGGGCCAGAUCAAUAAGAGGGCCAUCUAAAAACAUCCAUUCAAACAUUGUUGCAAAGCAGCAAGCAUCAAGUAUUCACUGGCAAAGCAUUGUUCAUAAGCUAAACCAGACAUUGGAUAUAAUGUCUGAAAACCAUGUUCCCUCCAUGAUCAUCAAAAGCAUCUUCUUCCACGUUUUCUCAUUCAUAAACGUCCAGCUUUUCAAUAGCUUGUUGCUACGACGCGAGUGCUGUUCCUUCAGUAAUGGAGAGUACUUGAAGUUGGGUCUGCAGGAGUUGGAGCAAUGGUGCCACAAAGCUACUGACACGUAUGCUGGUUCUUCCUGGGAUGAACUUCAACAUAUCAGACAAGCAGUAGGAUUUCUGGUGUUACUUCAGAAGUCACAGAAAAGUUUGAAUGAGAUCACGGAUGAACUAUGCCCGAUUCUGAGCAUCCCGCAAAUAUAUCGCAUCGGCACGAUGUUCUGGGACGACAAAUAUGGAACUCAGGGAUUAUCUCCUGAUAUCAUUGGAAAAAUGAGAGUCCUUUUAGCAGAAGAUUCCAUCAACAUCCCAAACAACUCUUUCCUUCUUGACGUGGAUUCCAGCAUCCCAUUCUCAAUGGAAGAAAUAUUCCGCUCCUUCGCCGAGGACGGCGAGGUUAACCUGUCCGACGUCGACCCGCCACCACUUAUGAGACAAAAAUCAGAUUUCCAUUUUCUUCUGCCGCAGCAAAUGAGUGAAUGAUGAAAGUGGUGGAAAUAUUAGUUCAUGUUUGAUUGAAUUUCCCCCCUUUAUUAGUUGAUUUAUUUG